AUGAAAAACAAUCGGCGGUCGUCGCCGACGCGCGACAUCCCCAUCCCGAUACCGCUCAACGAUCGCGUCGCGACCGUCUGCGACGGGUGGAAGGACGCGGCGGCGGUGGCGGCGGCGAACAACGGCUAUCUGCAGGAGGCGGCCGGUGGGCCGCUGCUUGCCGGCGCGCCCACGGUGAACACAGUGGUGCAGGUAUCUUCAGCCGGUACUCGGACGAUGGUCCUGCCUGGACGCGCUGAACGUGCCAAGGAGAGGUGUCUGCUCGCCGCCCUCGUUGUUCUACUCUUUUCUGCUGGUGUUGCUCUUCUGCUGCUUGUAAACACUGCGCAGAAUACACCUUGUUCAAAUACACAAAAACAAAGAAAAGUCUGCCUCACAGAAGAAUGCGUACGGACAGCGGCCUCUCUAAUGUCGGCAAUGAAUCACGACGCCGACCCAUGCGACGACUUCUUUCAAUACGCGUGCGGCACGUGGAAUAAAAAACACAUUAUCCCCGAGGACCGCAGUUCGAUAAGCACAUUCGAAGUAAUGGCCGACCAACUACAAGUUAUACUCAAAGGUGUUUUGGAAGAACCAAUCGCAAGCGACGAUCAUGAAGCAGCUGUUAAAGCUAAAACUUUUUACAAUUCAUGUAUGGAUACACAUCAGAUACAUAAAAUCGGUGAUGAACCUCUCCGUGCGGUGUUGAAAAGUUUGGGUGGAUGGCCAGUGGCAGAACCAGAUUGGCAAGCGCCCACGUUCAGUAUCGAAGAACUCCUGGGUCGGAUACGCGGGAUACACAAUGAGGGCAUCCUCAUCGAGCAGUGGGUGGGCCCGGACGACAAAAACAGCUCAAUUAACAUCAUCCAGCUGGAUCAGAUGCAAUUGGGCCUGCCGAGUAGGGAUUACUACUUGAAGGGGAGCAGUGAAGGUGAUCUACAAGCGUAUCACAAAUACAUGACGAAUAUUGCUCUGCUUCUUGGAGCUAAUAAGACUACAGCCGCUGAGGAGUUGCUGCAGAUUGUUGAGUUUGAGAAAGAAAUGGCUAAUGCAUCGUUACCGGAAGCUGAUCGUCAUGAUACCAGCGCCAUCUAUAAAAAAGUGACACUCUUAAAACUUCAAAGCAUAGUACCGCAAAUUAACUGGGCGUUGUAUCUCCGGACAUUUUUGAAAGCAGAAAUCACGGAUAAUGAACCGGUGGUUGCCUACGGUUUAUCCUAUUUCAUCGAAAUGGGCAAGAUUAUCGCCAAGACAGAUCGAAGGAUUAUCCACAAUUACGUGCUUUGGAGGUUAAUAAUGGCACUGGUUCCGCAUAUGAUUGAUGACUAUCAACGCGAACGUAUUGAAUUCCGGAAAAUUCUUCUCGGGAUCCUCAGUGAACGGCAUCGAUGGUCGCAGUGCGUUGAAUGGACGAAUAAAAAGCUAGGAAUGGCGGUCGGGGCGCUGUUUAUUAAGGACAACUUCAAUCAUGAGAGCAAAGAAACUGCUCUGACGAUGAUUCAUACAAUUCGUGAGGCAUUCAAUGAUUUAUUAGCGGACAACGAUUGGAUGGAUGAUGAAACCCGAGCUGUCGCCAAGGAAAAAGCCGACGCCAUGAACGAACGUAUCGGAUAUCCGCAACUCAUCACUGAUAAGGAUGCGCUCGUUCUGGAAUACGCCAGUUUAAACAUAACAAAAGAAACAUUCAUGGAAAACAUCCUCCACGUCCUAAAAUUCGACGCCGAGCAGAACCUGAACAAACUACGCCAGCCAGUGGAUAAAGAUAAGUGGUCCACCGAACCGGCAGUUGUAAACGCGUUCUACAACCCGAAUAAAAACGACAUUGUAUUUCCGGCCGGCAUUCUGCAGCCGCUCUUCUACAGCCAACACUUUCCGAAAUCGCUCAACUACGGCGGCAUUGGCGUCGUCAUCGGCCACGAGAUUACACACGGCUUCGACGAUAAGGGAAGGCAAUUUGACAAAGACGGCAAUAUGAUGCAAUGGUGGAAUAAUGCGACGAUACGUGCAUUUCGCGAUCGUGCGCAGUGCAUCAUCGAUCAGUACUCGCGAUAUCUUAUUGACGAGGUGGGGCUUUAUGUUAACGGACGUAUGACGCAGGGGGAGAAUAUUGCUGAUAGGGGACUUAAACAAUCAUUCAGGGCAUACAGAAAAUGGGUUUCGCAACAUGGUGAAGAACCCGACCUCCCCGGGUUGAACCUAACGCAUGACCAACUCUUUUUCCUAAAUUACGCGCAGAUAUGGUGCGGAUCAAUGCGUCCCGAGGACGCACUGACAAAAAUCCGCUCUAGCGUGCACUCCCCAGGCCCCAUCCGGGUCCUGGGCCCAUUAUCAAACUCAUGGGACUUUGCAAAAGCAUACAAUUGCUCUCUGGGCUCGCCGAUGAACCCGACCAACAAAUGCAGUGUUUGGUAAAAUCAUAAAACACACCACAGGUCUGGUUUUUGCACAUUUUGCAACAUCAGGGAUAUAUAUGAUCCUAAUACGAGUUGCUCUGCGUUGACAGCAGAAGAGGGGGACAACGCCUAUUACAGGCGCACCUAACCUAACUUUACGAUUAUAUUUUUUGUUUUUGAGGUUUUCAAUGUACAAACAAAGCUAACAGAGGAAAAAAGUGAGCUUUUUUGACAUGCAUAUGAUAAGAUUUAUGAUACAAUAUUAUAACUACUGUGAGGAUUGAUGUGAGGAGAUGUGACGAUGUGACUCUGUACAUAUCCACUGACUAUACACAUGUCUCUGUACAGUAUUAUUUUUGCAUAUCAAAGUGUAACUUUAAACCCCACACACACGCAUAAAUAUGACACGGAUCCAUGUCCACACACACACAGAACACACACUUUGUAUGGUUAUGUUACCAUUCAGCUGUAACAUGUAUGUACUUACUUACGAUUUCACGUUUAUAACUCUAAUAAUGGUUGUGUGAAUGAGUGUCGAAACAAUACCAUAUCGAGGUUAUGUUCUUUCGACCUCCGACGCAUGUUUAUCUAAUCCAAAAAUUAAUGUACGACCACACAAAGAGGCGAUUAAUAAAUAAUUAUUGUUUGAUGUCACAAA